CGCCGUCCGUUGAGUUUCGUCGGCGACAGCAACGCGAUGAACUCGACGGACGUGACGGCCAUCAGUAUUCAUGGAGUGAACCCACAGCACCUUGUCGAGAAGAUCCUGCGGAAUCGUAUCUACGACUGCAUGUACUGGAAAGAGCAAUGCUUUGGGCUCACGGCGGAAACGCUUGUGGACAAGGCCAUUGAACUCACACACAUUGGGGGACACUUUGGCGGAAACCAACAACCCACACCGUUCCUCUGCCUCAUUUUGAAGAUGCUCCAGAUCCAGCCCGACUUGGAGAUUGUCGUCGAGUUCAUCAAGAACGGAGACUACAAGUAUGUGACCAUCCUCGGCGCGUUCUACCUGCGGCUCGUCGGAAAACCGACAGAAGUGUAUCCAAUGCUGGAAGAGCUCUUGGCCGAUUACCGCAAGAUUCGCAAGCGCAACACGUUAGGAUGGGAAAUGCUCCACGUCGACGAAGUGGCCGACAUCCUGCUCAAGGAGGAGUACUUCUGCGACAUAGCCUUGCCGCAUCUCGUCGACCGAUACCAACUGGAAACGACCAACGCGCUCAAGAAGUACGUUAGUCCUUUGGAGACCGAGUUGGUCUCGGACGACGACUCGGACGACUCGGAUUAACAUUCGACCCGUUUUUUUUUCAAAUUUGGACUACUUUCUCCAAUUUUUCAAGUUUUAUCCAGAUUGCAGAGGAUUUCGCCAUAUUUUCAGGUUUCAUCGAAUUUUUUCAAUUGC